UACUGUGGUAAUACCUGCUCCAGCAGGACAGGUAGGGGGUGAGACUGAUCUCCAGUGGGUCAGGGGUCACGCUGCCUACGUCACAAGCUCCUAAGAUGGCGUUUUGAUGACGACGGGAGAAGUGAGGACCCCUGCCCUUGUUUACAAGUGAAACCAAUGCAAAACAUCAAGGGUAGGCGAUGGAGCUCCCAAACUACGCCAAUCAACUGCUUCUCCAGCUCAAUCAGCAGCGCUCCAAGGGCUUCCUGUGCGAUGUCAUCAUCAUGGUUGAAAACACGCUCUUCCGGGCCCACAAAAGUGUCCUCGCCGCCACCAGCCACUACUUCAAGUCCCUUGUCCUUCAUGAUAACCUAAUCCACCUCGACCCUGAUAUGGUGGAUCCAGUGGUUUUCCAGCAAAUUCUGGAUUUCAUUUACACCGGCAAGUUGGAAGAAGAGACCUUUGAUGGUGUGGAUAUAAGCUCUCUGCUCACCACAGCUAACUUUCUCCAGCUCAAUGACCUCGCAAACCUCUGCUCCAGUAAGAUCAACCAAAAUGGGUCCCUCAAUAGCGGUGCUCGUGGAAGCUCCAAGUUUUCAAUUCACCUGUACGAAGACCACUCAUCAGACACUGAAACAUACACGUGUAUGACGCCUCCCAAAAAACGGCAUAACGCCGAAAGUAGAUGCAUUUCAAGGAAAAAGCAGGAGUUGUUGUUGGAUUUGUCUAAGAAAAAUUCUAAUUCUGAGACAACAGCUACCGACAAAGUUUUUCAGUCUAGACCCAUCUCCAACAAUAUGGCAAUAAAUAUGAAGUGUGUUCCAAAGGAAGAGAAGUGGAUAAUUCCUUUGGACGGAGCUCAGGAAAGAAAAAGGGCGGGAUCCCGAAGAAAAUCUAAGGUCAAUGGUUACGUUCCUCCUAGCAGGUCUGGAAGUCAAUCAAGCCAGAAUCAGACCUUCACUUUACAGUUGUCUGUAAAGAAAGAGAAAGGAAUUGGAGGGAAAACAGAUGAAAUUGAGGGCCAAAAACCAAACAAUGGCAGCACCAAUUUUGUUUAUCAAAAGGAGACCUUUCUCAAAGAAGCUGAAGGGGACAACCCUUAUGUUUGUAUCCCAUGCGAAAAGGGUUUUCCCUCCUCGGAGAGUCUUAAAUCCCAUGUGGAAAGCCAUUUGGAUGAAGAUGUGGAUGUGAAGGUUGAGGAUGAGGAGGAAGAGGAACGUGACGGAGAGCCUGGAGUCACCAGAGUUUCACCAGAAGCUCCCGAGAGCUUGGAGCAGAGUCCGGUGAAGUCCCUCAAAGAUGUCGACACCGUGCGUCCCUUCCCUUGCAACAUUUGUGGCAAGAUGUUCACGCAGCGCGGCACUAUGACCCGCCACAUGCGCAGCCACCUCGGUCUAAAGCCAUUUGCGUGUGAGGAGUGUGGCAUGCGCUUCACCAGGCAGUACCGACUCACUGAGCACAUGCGUGUCCAUUCAGGGGAGAAACCGUAUAAGUGCCAGGUCUGUGGUGGGAAAUUUACGCAACAAAGAAACCUCAUUAGUCAUAUGCGGAUGCAUACCUCAGUAUCUUAGAACAGAUCAAAGAGCCCUACACUAGGAUAACACAGAUGCCCACAGUUCUCCAUAGUGCUUUGGUUUGGGUUUUUUUUUAACUAGGGUUCAGUUUUCCAACAAGUUCUCCAGAACACUACAAAGAUUCCUCUAGAUCCUCUUUUCAGGGGUUUUACUUUUUGAGCUAAUGAAGGGUUUAGUCUUACCCACAAAUUUUCUAUGAUUCUGCAAAGAGUCAUCUUAGUUAAAAAUUAAACCUCUGUAGUGUAAUCUACAACACGUGUCAAACUCUGGUCCUGGAGGGCCACUGUCCUGCAGAGUGUUGCUUCAAAACGCCUGUCUGGAAGUUUCGAGUAAUCCCAAAGACCUUGUUUGGCUGGUUCAGGUGUGUUUAAUUUGGAUUGGAGGUAAAUUAUGCAGGACAGUUGGCCUUCAGGAUCUGAAUUUAACGUCCCUGAUCUAAGGUACUAUUUUGGAAACACAUCCUACAAAGAUUCCUCUAGCUUUUCUCCACAGAGUUUACUAAUUGAGCUAAUUUAGGGUUCAGUUCAGGCCACACAUCCCCUAGAAUGCUACAAAAAUCCACUAGAUCUUCUCUACAGCGUUUUUUUUUUUUUUUUUUUUUUACAAAAACAGUGUCCACUUUCACCCACAAAUCUCUAAAAAAAAAUUUUAACAAAGAUUCUUCUACCCCAAAACGGAAGCUUCGGAAGAUCUAUAGCAGUCUAGAUCUCUUCUCUAAGUUUUUUUCUGGGGAUCCUACACCAGGGCAAUGGAUUGCUGAUGUCCUGCAGAGUUUAGCUCCAACCCUUGUCUUUAGCCUUAGUAAUCCUGAAGACCUUGAUUAGCUUAUUCAGGUGUGUUUGAUUGGGGUUAGAGCUAAACUCUGCAGGACAGCGCCACUCCAGGACCGACGUUGCCUACCCUUGUCCUACACCAUUCUACACCAUGUGUAGGACAAGGGUAGUCUAAAUGAGGAUCAGGGGUAGUCAGCUUUGCACCUUUAAGGCUACUUUCCUGCCGGCUUCAGUUCCAAAUCUGCGUCAACACAAUUGGAACACCUUGACUAGCUGGUUCAGGUGUGUUUGGUUAGGGUUGGAGGAUGGUAGGGUCACUCAAAUUCAGACGUGGAGGCCCUGCAGGGUUUUGCUUAAACACUGAACAACUUACCUACUUGUAACUCUGCAUACCUUGGUUUGAUUCUUCAGGUGUCAUUGAUUAGGGUUGGUGCUAAACUCCUAAUUUGUGGAAAACUGAUCUAUGAAUCGAAUUCAAGAAUUAUAAUUCUGAGGAUUUGUGAUUAGAACUAAAGCCUAAAUUUUCUCAAAGAGGGAAUCUUUGUAAUCUAUUCUAGAGAUCAACUGUGGCCACAAAUCUUCUAGAAUUCUCUAAAGAUUCAUUUAGAUCUUCUUCAGACACUUUAUCUUUUGAACUAAUACUGGAUUCCGUUUGGAUCACGAGUCAUUUAGAAUUUAAUCGAAGAAUCCUCGCCAAAGUGAAAUCCUAGAUGAUCUCAAAAAAGUCUGCUCUGUAGUCUAUUGUAGGGUUGAUGUUUGGCUACAGUACCUCUAUAAUAAUAAAGAGAUUCACAGAUAAACCUUUUGAGCUAAUCUAGAAUUCCGUUUGCAUCACAUUUAGAAUUCUACAAACAGUUCUCAAGAUCUUCUCCGUACUGAUUUUUCAUUCACAAAUUCUCCCAAAAUCCAUUUAGUUCAAAAGACUUCUGUAGAGAAGAUCCAAAGCAUUCUAUUUGUGGCAUUCUUUCUAGAUAGAGAAUCGCUUGUGAACCCUAGAUUAAACUAUCAAGUUUACUUUUUUAAGCUAAUCUAGAGUUCAGUUUCCACAGCAAAUCCUCUAGAAUGCUAUAAAGAAUUAUAUAAAUCUUUAUAAUAGGAUGGCAAUGCCAUUCCCUGAGAAGCAUAAAAAUGCCAACGUCAGCCAAUACCUGCUGUUAUACCUCUUUCUUCAUACCUUCUUAUUAUUGUGCAUGAAUUGUUUGUUAUUGUUAGUGUGUAGCUAAAAACUAUCAAGUUUAUCCAGUUAGCGAUUGUAGUUUAAUCGAUUCAAAUGAAAAUUACCUCAAAUAGCGAGUAAUCCUCUCAGACCUGAAACAGCCGAAUGUUCCUGGUGAUACCAGUUAUUUUACAGCGGUGACUUGCGAAUGUAAUUUAGGAGUCAUGAUCGAGUUUAUGCUUCAGAAACGGACCGCUGUAAUAAAGCUAUCUGGGUUGUUUACUUGAAUACACAAACUUGCUACCUCAGAUUAAACCAAACCCUCUGAUUAGCCUGCAUGAGAUUACAAAUCCAUAUUAGAGAAGAUAAACUACACAGUGUCUUCCAUAUUACAGUCACUCUUUCUAGUUUAAUUAAUGAGCUUAAACUGACAUCUGAUUCAGAACCGAGGAAAACACACUGCCUGUGUUAAUAAACACUUUUCAGGGGGUCAGGUAAUACUUCACCGUAGUAGGGUUGCGAUCUGAGCUCGUGAAGUUGUAUUGCUUGAGCGAUUAGGGUGCUUUGAUGUACAGUUCCAAAGAAAUAUUGAAUGUUGAAAUGCUUAAGAAAUACUGUAAAACUAUAACCAAAUCUAUAUUCUUGCUAAAUAUUUAAGUCUAAUUUAAUUCAGGUUUAUAUCAAGUCUUUCUUCUUUUUCUUUUUUCAAGGGUUUUUCUUUUGGGGUUUUCUUGCCUUUUCUUAUUUUAAUGCUUCAACCAAUGGCUUAAUUUAUACAGCAUGUUGUCCAUAUUUUCUUGUGGCUUGUGCAUUAUUCUUAUGAAUUAAAAAAAAAAGUUAGGUUUAGCAGAUUGCAUUCAUGCAUUAAGUGUUGAAACGAGACCAAAAGCAUAAAAUCAAUACCUAUACUGUAAAUAUGUUUGGGUAUCUUGACGUGUUAUUAUUAUGAGUUGAUAUAUCAAUGAAACUUUUACUUAAUCGGAGAUUAAAUCAUUUUCUUAUUGUGUUUUGAUUUCUCUACACCAUGUUGGGUGUAAACUACCUCUGGUUGGGUUUUUUGUAUGGGUUUUCAUCAUGCCGGAGGGCUUUUUAAACGAUACCUAAUUUCGAGGUUGUAUUCAUUUGUUAUCUAGUAAUAUCAAAAGAGGUACUUUAAUUAAAAGAUCAACUAGCCUAAGAUUUGAUGUGCUGAAUUGACUUUUUGGGCACUAUUUGAUUGUUUUGUGCUUGCUUUUUCUCUAUUUUUGCUUUAUAUUAAGAUGAUUAUUUGACACUGUAUGUAAAUCAAUAGGAUUCUAGAAUAUUCAGGAACUUUUUAAUACAUAAUGGGACUUGAAACUGAACUUCAAAACUGUGACAACACUUUGAUUUGCAUCCUCUGCAAACCUCAGGGAACACUUUUGGGACACGUCCCAGUUCACUUUUUGAACCAUAAAGCGCCAUUUAACCAAUGUUUUUGCAGCUAUAUGUCUGUUUUUCGAUUUAGAUAGUUUCAGUGUUCUCCACAAUGGACACAAUGCGCCUUCGGGAGGUUAGGCAGCUCUUUGCAUUUGCAGUACUGGUUUGUGUGUGUGUACAUGUAUGGUCUUGAUGCGGUUUUCAAAUGCUUUUGAAAUGUCAAGUAGUUUGUUCCGAAAUGAUGAUGCUUGAGCAUUUGCAACCCGUUUAUGAAAACCAAAGCACAUUUUCACUCUUUGAAGAAUUUAAGGUCCUGUUGUAUGUAACAUUGUUCUCAGUAAUGACAUGAAAUAAAAUUAAAUGCUGAUCAAACAA